GAGGCCAGAGGGAAGAUGGCGCUGCGGAGGUCUCGGUCGGCCGUGCGCGCGCUGGCCCCGGCGCCGCUGCUGCUGCUGCUGCUGCCGCUGCUGCUGCCGCCCGCGCCCGCCGCGGCCCACGGCGGCAAGUACUCGCGGGAGAAGAACGAGCCCGGGCCGGCCCCGGCGCGCGCGUCCCGGGAGGAGUUCCGCAUGGAGAAGCUCAACCAGCUCUGGGAGAAGGCGCAGAGGCUGCAGCUGCCGCCCGUGAGGCUGUCCGAGCUGCACGCCGACCUGAAGCUGCAGGAGCGUGACGAGUUCAGCUGGAAGAAGCUGAAGGCCGAGGGCCUGGACGCCACCGGCGAGAAGGAGGCGGCCCUGCUCCGGAGCCUCAGCGUUUUGGUGGCCAAGUACGGGCUGGAUGGAAGGAAGAGCGCCCAGGAGGUGAUAAGCAACGCCAUCAGCGACAGCUCCCCGGAGGACAGCCUCGAGGACCCCCGGCUGGAGAAGCUGUGGCACCAGGCGAAGAUCUCAGGCAAGUUCUCCGACACGGAGCUGGACAAGCUGUGGCGGGAGCUGCUGCACCACCGCGAGAAGAUGCGGGAGUACAACGUGCUGCUGGAGACGCUGAGCCGCACUGAGGACUCCCCCGAGAACUCCCUCCAGCCCUCGGACGCCACCCUGGACGAGAAGGUGCUGCAAGGCCAGCACGCGGCGCUGAAGGAGCGGCUGCGCGCGCUGGGCCUGGGCAUGGAGCGGCUGCAGCGGCUCAGCCAGCAGGGCUAUGGCGCCCAGGCAGCGGAGUUCGAGGAGCCCCGGGUCAUGGACCUGUGGGACCUGGCCAAGAACGCCAACUUCUCCCCGAAGGAGCUGGAGUCCUUCCGGGAGGAGCUGAAGCACUUCGAGGCCAAGAUCGAGAAGCACAACCACUACCAGCAGCAGCUGGAGGUGUCGCACCAGAAGCUGCGGCACGUGGAGAAGCUGGGCGACCCCGAGCACAUCAGCCGGAACCGGGAGCGCUACGCGCAGCUGGAGGAGCGGACCAAGGAGCUGGGCUACAAGGUGAAGAAGCAUUUCCAGGACCUGUCCGGCCGGAUCUCCAGAGGCCACAACGAGCUCUGAGCUCUCCGCGGGGGCUCCAGGACAGCGUGUACCUCUUCACAUCCCCUAAAUACACAACUGUGGG